GGACGCAAUUAAAUCACGUGUGUAUGUUCGCCCAAUAAACUGUAUGUUACUUAUUACUAUUCAUAAACAUAGCCUGCACCUUAAUAACAUUGGGAAAACGUCACCUUACGUGAUUAAUAUUCAUGUUCUUGCCUUCACUAUAGUAGGAUUAAUGCAUUCGUGGGCGGGCUAUACUAGAAUAGUCUGCAGAACAGUAUUUUAGGUUGUGAUUUCUAAACUAAUUAAUCAACACAGACCCAUUAUAUUAGAAAAAUGGAGGACAUAAAGCCUGAGGAGACGAAAGUGGAAGAGCAGAAAGAUGAGGAGAAUAAGGUCUGUCCAGAGAAACUGGAGGAAGCCAAACUGAAGGCCAAAUACCCUCUCUUGGGUAAUAAACCCGGAGGAUCCGAUCUGCUCAGAAAAAGACUGCAGAAGGGGCCAAAAUACUUUGACUCGGGUGACUACAACAUGGCGAAGGCCAAGAUCAAGAACAAGCAGCUUCCAGCAGCGCAGACAGAGAAGACCGAGAUCACCGGAGACCACAUCCCCACUCCUCAGGACCUGCCACAGAGGAAACCCUCUCUGGUUGCCAGCAAACUGGCUGGCUGAGACCUGCUGCUGUCCUUCACUCCACACUCCCACUUCCUGUCUCUUCCUCCAUUUAUCUCUGAUCCUGCAUUCCUGCCCUCAUCCUCUAUGGUUUCCUGUCCUCUGAAAAUACACUGAAUAUUCAAGGGUUGCAGAGUUGUACUGCCGCACUGUGAGAUGGGUUGGGUCGUGGCUCCAAAGGGGGUGAAGUUCUCAAAGGUCUUCUGAUAUUUUUAAUGUGUCUUAGUAUGUAGUUGAAAGUGUACAUAUUUGCUAGUGAGUGAGGGCAAACAGCAUUUUAGGAGAUGUUUUGCAUUUUAAUUGUAACCAUUCCUGAAUUACCCACUGCUUAGAGGACUAGGUCACCCAAAAAUCUGUCAUUUACUCAUUGCGUAUGACUUUAUUUCCUCCGUUGAACGCAAAAGGAGAAGUUUAGUGGAAUGUCAAAGCUGUUUUGUUUUUCUUCAAACAAAGAAAGUCUAUAAAGGGAAAUUGAUGUAGAGCUUCAGUAAUUACAAAACAACUGUACUGUAAGUUGUCCGCACAGCUUCUAGCCAUAGUUAUAACAACCAUUGAGGUCCACCAGAUGCGGACCUUUUCGAGGUGUAUUAUAAAAGUUGCCUAAUAAUAGUUUUACUUUGGUGCAAAGAUGUUGUACAAUGCCAAGAUGGCCAAUCAAAUCAGAGUAGGCAUUACUGUUACUGUUUACAGAAGCCGAGUGUGAAUUCCAGCAUUAAUCAGUUUUAAUGGACAAAAAGUGAGAUGUAAC